UUGACGCGUGCGCCCUUUCGACUCGUAGCACACGAGGUCUUCAAUGAUGGCGGCCGACAACGAUGGUUCGGAAUUGAAGAAAAAUAAGAAAAAGGCAGAGAAAACCUUGCAGAAUGGUAUCGAAGAUGAUGCCGAAGAAGAACCUAAUUUCAGUGACCCGGAGGGAUUUGUAGAUGACAUUACUGAAGAAGAACUAAUUGGAGACCUGCUGAAGGAAAAACCAACAGAAUAUGAUGGCUUUGAUUCUGUUGUUGUUGUUGACAAUGUUCCAAUUGUCGGCCCUGAGAGGUUUGAGAAACUACAGAAUGUUAUCAGAAAGUUUUUCCAACGCUUUGGCAAGAUCAGAACCGAACAUUAUCCAAUGGAAAAUGGCGAAAACAAGGGCUAUGUGUUUCUUGAAUACACUUGCCCUGAGCAUGCACUUGAGGCUGUGAAACUGGCAAACAACCACAAGAUGGACAAGCAGCAUAUGUUGCAAGUUAACCUGUUUUCAGACUUCCUCAAAUAUGAAAAUAUGCCCAAGGAGUGGGAACCGCCUCAGCCUAAACCAUAUAAAGACAUGGGUAAUCUCCGUUCCUGGUUGCUGAACAAUGAAAGCUUUGAUCAAUAUAGUGUAAUCUAUGAUGCUGGUGACAAAACUGCCAUUUUCUUCAAUGGUUCUGGAGGACAACCGAAUCUAGCUGAAGAGCGAAGUCGGUGGACAGAAACUUACGUACGUUGGUCCCCACAGGGAACUUACCUUGCUACUUUUCAUUCCAAGGGUAUUGCCCUUUGGGGUGGAGAGAAAUUUGAGCAAAUAAUGAAGUUCAGUCACCCAGAUGUCCAGCUUAUAGACUUUUCUCCCUGUGAACGGUAUCUCGUGUCAUUCAGCCCUCUACAGGAGACUAAAGAUGACCCUCAAGCUAUUAUUAUUUGGGAUAUCCGUACUGGUCAUAAGAAGAGAAGCUUCCACUGUGAAAACCAAUCAACUUGGCCUGUAUUUAAGUGGAAUAAGACAGGUGAAUAUUUUGCCAGGCUUGGAACUGAUGCUCUCAGUGUGUAUGAAACACCUUCGUUUGGUUUACUUGAAAAGAAAAGUUUAAAACUACCUGGCAUCAAGGAUUUCACUUGGUCUCCAACAGACAACAUCAUUGCUUACUGGAUGCCAGAACAGCAGAAUGUUCCAGCUCGGGUGGUGUUAAUUAGUAUACCGAAUCGAACAGAACUAUGCAAGAAAAACUUAUUCAAUGUAGCAGAUUGUAAGAUGCAUUGGCAGAAAUUGGGAGAUUAUUUAUGUGUCAAGGUUGACCGUUAUACUAAAGCUAAGAAAGUGGAAGAAAAAGACCAAUACAAAUACAGGGGAAUCUCUUAUAACUUUGAAUUGUUCAGGAUUCGUGAGAAACAAGUCCCUGUUGAUAAAAUUGAAAUCAAAGAAAGUAUAAUUGCAUUUGCUUGGGAACCCAACGGAAGUAAAUUUGCUUACAUCCAUGGCGAGGUCCCUCGGAUAUCAGUCACAUUCUGUAAUAUUCGACCUGGGGGUAAAGUGGAAGUUUUAAAAACACUUGAGAAACGACAAGCCAACCAUCUAUUUUGGAGCCCAGCAGGGCAGUUUAUUGUGCUAGCUGGACUUAGGAGCUUGAAUGGCAUCUUGGAGUUCAUUGACACUAAUGACAUGACUGUGAUGGCUCUCACGGAGCACUUCAUGUCUACCGACGUGGAGUGGGACCCAACCGGUCGAUAUGUUGUCUCUGGCGUCAGUUGGUGGGGACAUAAAGUGGACAAUGCCUAUUGGAUUUGGACAUUCCAGGGAAGACUUCUGCAGAAGCAGUCCCUGGAUAGGUUCUGUCAGCUGCAGUGGCGACCCCGGCCCCCAAGCCUUUUGACAAAGGAUCAACUUAAAGAUAUUAAGAAGAAUAUGAAGAAAUAUUCCACACAGUUUGAAAUUAAGGAUAAGAUGAGCCAAACAAAGGCCUCAAAGGAGAUGAUUGAGAAACGGCGCAAGAUGCUGGCUGACUUCCGGCAAUAUCGUGCUGACAAGGAACAAGAGUACGCUCAAUACCGAGAGAGAAGAAUAACUCUUAGAGAUGGCCAUGAUACAGACUCUCAGGCCAACAACCCAGACAACUACAUUGACGAGACUAUUGAAUUCCUGUUGAGUGUUGAGGAAAUUGUUCUCGAGUAAUCCACUUCCGGCAGAAGAAACACUUUUUUUUUUUUUUUGGUUUUUUUUUACUCAUUCACACGCCACAUUAUUAUUAAUUUGUUUUAUUAUCUUUUUUCCCCCCUGUUAGAAUUAUUUUUAAUGCCAUCAGACAAGCUUGACUUCCAGAAAUAGAUUGUCACUGCUAAUCAGAUGAUGACGACAGCACUCUCUUCGACUGUCUCUUUCUUAUCCACUUCUUUGUCUGCUCCCCGUGUCAUGGCGGUACCCAGGGUAGGGUUCGGCCGCACCUGCAGGUGUUUGUUUCAACAAGGAACAACUAUGAAGAUGGCAGCAGCAGUACCACCGGUUUCAAUGUUGUCUAGAAGUCUGUUGUGUGUCUCUUGUUCGUCAUCCAUAGCAGCCAUGGUCUCAAAGUUGUUGCAGUUGUCUGGACAUGGUCUUAGUGGACUGUUACCUCCUAAUGCCACGCUGAUUCACUACACUGCUCUGUCCCUCAAUUUACUAUUCGGACACUUCUCCGGGCUCUUCCCAGCCCCAUUCCGGUUAUGGAACUGCCAUCUAGACUUUACUGAAAACAUUGACCAUUUUCUUUGUUCUAGCUAUACAUUUGGUGGGUUGGACGGGUGGGAUGUGGUGGAAAUAAAGCCCCUAAUUACUUGUA